AUGGCCACAACAUUCCUUGCUGGAAGUCGCGUCGCGCAAGCUAUAGAUCUUGAUGUGACCUCGCAAGAUUCCAUAAAAAAGGCGGCGACGCAGCUGGCAUACGACACAAUGGUCUAUUAUAACGGGAAUCUGACUGGGCAAACACCCGGUCUCCUACCGCCACCAUAUUAUUGGUGGGAGUCGGGGGCAUUGAUGGGUGCGAUGAUCGAUUAUUGGUAUUAUACGGGCGACAAGACCUAUAACGACGAAGUCACACAAGCCCUCCUCUGGCAAGUUGGACCUAACCUGGACUACAUGACGCCGAAUCAGACAAAAACCACAGGAAACGACGAUCAAGCCUUCUGGGGAAUGGCAGCCAUGUCGGCAGCCGAACAACAGUUCCCAGACCCCCCUGCAAAGCAGCCGCAAUGGCUUGCCCUUGCGCAGGGUGUUUUCAACACGCAAGCAGUCCGUUGGGAUACGAGUACAUGCGGUGGCGGUCUACGCUGGCAAGUCUUUACUUUCAAUAUUGGCUACAAUUACAAGAAUUCGAUUUCCAAUGGGUGCUUCUUUAAUCUCGCAGCCCGCCUAGCGAGAUACACUGGCAACGACACCUACGCUCAAUGGGCUGUGAAGGCAUGGGAUUGGAUGGAAUCUACCAAUUUAAUAGACGAGAACUACUAUGUUUAUGAUGGAUCGGACGAUACACAGAACUGCUCGAAGGUGAAUAAACUUCAGUGGACCUAUAAUGCAGGAGCAAUGCUUCUCGGUGCUGCCAACAUGUACAGUUAUACCAACGAGUCAUCAAUGUGGCAAGAACGUGUCUCGGGCUUAUUGAACGGGACCGAUGUAUUCUUUCCUGAGAAUGCAACCAUGGUAGAAGUGGCAUGCGAAAAUACCGGAAAAUGCAACGUUGAUCAACAUUCCUUCAAAGCGUACUUGGCCAGAUGGAUGGCUGCAACGACCAAGCUCGCCCCUUGGACUUACGACGCUGUCAUGGCCAAACUUGGGCCCAGCGCGGCUGCUGCUGCGCAACAAUGUUCUGGAGGCGACAACAAAAGGACUUGCGGCAUGAAAUGGGCAAUGGGGGACGAAUGGGAUGGAAGUUAUGGAGUUGGUCAACAAAUGGCAGCCUUGGAGGUUGUCCAGAGCAAUUUGGUCCAACAGGCACGAGGACCUGUCACCAAUAAAACGGGGGGCACAAGUAAAGGCAACUCCGCGGCGGGAACCGGUGGUACACCUAUCCUCUCAGUAACUGGAGCAACGACAGCUGGGCGAGUAGGCGCUGGUUUCCUGACGACUUUCGUUUUGGCGUUGUUCGUUGGAGUGACAUGGUUCAUGGUCAUAGACGACUGA